AAAUGAGAAAUUUAUUCAAAAUCAGUUUGAAACUACAGGCGAAUCUGAAUGGGGUGGCAUCACCAUGCCAGAGUGAACUGGUUUGUGCAUUUUGUAAUGCAAAAGCAGCAAUUGACAAUCUGUCAAACAAAAGAAACAAAAAAAUGUAAAGAAAAAUUCGCCGUGAGUCUUUGUGAGAACCGAAAUCAGAAAUAAAAGUAUUUUUAAGCGUAUAAAUGUAAUGAAAUUAUUUUUAUUGUAUAAGUAAACAGACAGACUGUGAUUGCAAUAUAAACUUUACUUAUUAAUAUUAGUAGAGAAAAUAUUAUUUGAAAUUUCAAGGGAUUUACAGCAAAACAAAAGGGAUUUGACAGCGAACUGAAGAAAAAGAAUUAAAUAAUUGAAAAUAAAGUUGUUCUAAAAAACUAAACAAAAACUAUGGCAAACGAAAAUGAUGAUACCCAACAAACUAACAAUAUCAGCCUUGGUAGUUCUGCAAUACAUAACGACACAGAAGCGCAAGACAACAGAACGUUAAAGAGCCAGACAGAUUCAGAUUUUCAGACGACGCGAUUAACUUCAAUCGAUGGCAAUUCAACUGUAAAUACACUUGGAAAUUUGACUGAUCUUGUUGCUGAUCUCUGCCAAAAUAGUUCAAGAUCCUUUACACCUUCAGCUAGUCUUGGUGACUGCACAAAUAUAAGAGCGACAUUAGGUCCCACAUUUAAUGACGAAGGUGCUUUAAGCAAAAGGGAUGAUCAAUUACAUGAAAGUGCGUUCAGUACAAGUAUCAGUCAACCGCCACCACAUGUGCAACAACCUACCCAAAACUCUUCCUUUUCGUUCAAACAUUUCUUAAGUAGUAGUAAUACUCUAACAGCGCCCUCCACAACAGUUACGUCGCUUGAUCCAGUUAUUGUAACUGCUUCAACUUCACAUGCCUUACCUUCGGUACAUGCCGUGCAAACAUCCACUGGUGCUCGACCUAAAGUUCCACAAUCGGCCUCUAUUGCGUCUACAUCAAUUUCAUCCUUGAUGAAUAAUCCACAAGACGCAACUUCAUCUGCAACAAAAAUGAAAAGAUCGCCUCGAUUUUCUUCGUUUGAUUCGCAGGCAAGUCUUGCAGAGUAUGUGGUUGAAGCAACAGAGAGUAGUUUAGACAGCAGAAUAGCUGGUGGUUGCGGAAGCAGCGGGUUUCGUUCGUACACUACGCUUCAAAACAGUGAAAAUAGUGAUAUUUUUGCAACACAACCAACUGGACAGUCUGGCGUAUCUAACACAACCACUACAAACUCAGACGAACAUGAGCGAAAAAACGUACCACGAUCCCAGUCUACCUAUGAUAUUCCAUUGCCGUCGGCAUCUCCUAGAAGGCGUAUAGGUGUGUAUAAUAAUCGGCCAAAUCGUCUUGCGCUUAAUACAAACUCAUGCAAAUUAAAACUCGACUUACCCAUUAACAAUGCUGCCAAUACGUCCCUCCUAUCACGUCCACUACCUAAUAAUGGAAGUGAUUUUCCUCCAACAGCUGUUGCCUCGGCUCUACCCGAUUUUGUGCAAGACCAUUGGAUGGAUUCAUGGUAUGCAAACGAAAUGCACUUAAAUUCCCCACCAAAUUCUCCUAUCGGUUUUUCUGAAGAUCGAACCGGUGGUGGAGCUAUGGGUGGUGGUUCGAUUGGAGGAUCUGAUGUAGAUGCAGCAACAGGCUAUGGAAUACCGAAAGGAAAUAGUACAAUUGGCUCAGGAGUAGGAACAGAAUCGGCUGGUAGUUCAAAAAUGCUGCCUGAUUUCUUAUCCGAUGGUCCAAUUAUACACUCUUCACAGCGUUUAGCAGACGUAGCUGCCGGUCUACCAUCAAACUCAAUGGGCUCACCAGAGGAUAAUUCAAUGACAACACAACUUUCGCGACUUAGAAUUGAAAAUGAAAGAUUACAGCGUGAAUUGAACGAGGCUCGUAUAGCGCUAAAUGAACAAACGCGUCGUGGUCAUGAUCUGGAACGACAGCUACAGGACCGCUCACGUGUUGAUCUAACUUAUAGCAGAACAUUAUCUCAAAACAUGUCGGAAGUGGAAGCAAUUUUGGAUAAUAAUAAUAAACGUGCAGCAGCGACGCAAAGUCACGUGACAAAAUUAAAACACCAAGUCACACAGUUAACGGCUCAAGUUGAAACAUUGCGACGUGAGAAUUAUGAGUUACGUGAAGAGGGUGCAGUUGGUGGCUGUAGUACAAGGGGCUGCACAACAGAUGGAGUUAGUGCUCGUGGCAAAUGUGAAAGACCGUCCAGAACACAACAGAUUUCUAAGGAAUUACUAAAGGCAGCAUCUAAUGCGGAAAAUAAUUUAAAACAACUUCUUCUUGGAGUGGAUAACUUACGUCGACUAGCUGCAAAUAUCGACAAUUCAAAUAGUCCAGAACCAUAUCCAGAUUAUAUGGAUGAUUGUGAUGAUUUUGACGAAUACUCCGGCGGACCUGCGUUGUAAAUUCUAGAAAUCUAAAAAGAUAACUAAAACUUAAUAAAAUAUUUAGUCCUUUCAGUGAAUCUAAAAUAACAAUUACCAGAAUUAUGUUUGCUACACAUAUAUUUGUUAAAUAUUUACGCAAAUUUAAAAUAUAU